AAGCGGCGGCCGGUCGGGUGAGCUCCCCGGGCCCCACGCCGGGCCCCCAGCCCCACGCCGGCAGCAUGCUGCAGGGCGACGGCCCCCAGGGGCCCCCGAGCAAGCCCGAGGCCGGCGUGUGCUCGCUGGCGCUGCCCUCCGACCGGCAGCUCGAGGGUCGGAGGGAGGCCGAGGCCCAGCGGCUGCGCAGCGCCCGCGUCCAGGAGCAGGUCCGGCUCCGCAUGAUGCUCAACGGCCGGGCGGCCCCCCGGCCCCCGGGGCUCGACCUCGCCGAGGCCGCAGGCGGUCAGUCCGGCGCCCCGCCGCGCCCGGCCUUCAGCUCCCGCUCCGUGGGCAACGGCUCGGAGGCCCGAGGCACGGUCUAUCCGCCGCCGAGCAGGAGCGACUACGGCACGCUCGCGAGCAGCGGCUGGUCGUCGCGCUCGGCGGUGGACCUGGCGCCCCGCAAGCGCCCGGCGGCCCUCAGCAACGGGGGCCCGGCCCAGGGCCGCGGCUACGGCGGCGGCGGCGGCGGCGGCUACCCCUCCUCACGGCCCGGCUCCGUGCACGAGCGCGGCUACGGGGCCCGGCAGAGCUUCGACACGCUCUCGCUGCGCUCCCUGCGGCUGGCCGAGGGGCCCGGCCGCCCCGGCGGCGGCGGCGACGACCGCUACAGCGUGGUCUCGGAGCAGCUGGACCCCCCGCGGCCCCCCUACAAGAGCCACGGCGGCUUCGCCCGCUCCUACACCUUCGAGAGGCGGCUGAGCGGCUGCGCGGCGGGCCCCGGCGCCUGGGCCGAGGGCGGCGAGGCGGCGCAGGGCCGCACCAUCCGGGCGCCCGCCAUGCGCACGCUGCAGCGCUUCCAGAGCCACAACCGCUCGCGCCUCAGCGCCGGCUCCUUCGGCGGCAGCGGCUACCUGGCCGCGGCGGAGCACGGCUCCCGCGCCGCCUCCCUGCGCAGCCUGGCCGAGGCCGGCCACCGCCUGCGGGACGAGCGCCCCGCCGACGUGUACGACGGGCACGGCACCCUGCUCACCCAGCAGUCGGGCGGGUUCGACGACAUCGACCUGCCCUCGGCGGUGAAAUACCUGAUCGCCAGCGACCCCAACCUGCAGGUCCUGGGGGCCGCCUACCUCCAGCACAAGUGCUACAGCGAUGGCAACGCCAAGAAGCAGGCGCGCAGCCUCCAGGCCAUGCCCAAGCUGGUGAAGCUGUUCAACAGCCCCAACCAGGAGGUGCAGCGCCAUGCCACAGGCGCCAUGCGCAACCUCAUCUACGACAACGCGGAGAACAAGCUGGCCCUGGUGGAGGAGAACGGCAUCUACGAGCUCAUGCGGACGCUGCGGGAGCCCGACGACGAGCUCCGCAAGAACGUCACAGGGAUCCUGUGGAACCUCUCCUCCAGCGACAACCUGAAGGAUCGCCUGGCCCGGGACACGCUGGAGCAGCUCACGGACCUGGUCCUGGUCCCACUCUCCGGCCUGGGCAGCUCGGGGGUCAUCCAGCAGAAUGCCUCCGAGGCGGAGAUCUUCUACAACUCCACGGGCUUCCUCAGGAACCUCAGCUCUGCCAGCCAGCAGACCCGGCAGAAGAUGCGUGAGUGCCAUGGGCUGGUAGAUUCCAUGAUCCAUUACGUUAACAGCUCCCUGGAAGUGGGCAAGUCGGAGGACAAGAGCGUGGAGAACGCCGUCUGCGUCCUGCGAAACCUCUCCUACCGCCUGUACGACGAAAUGCCCCCAUCCGCACUCCAGCGCCUGGAGGGCCACGGCAGGAACAACGGCAGCACCGUGACGGGGGAGAUGGUGGGCUGUUUCAGCCCCCAGAGCAAGAAAGCACGAGAGCACUACCUGAACGCGGACAUCGUCACCUUCACGGAGGUCUCCAAGGACCCCAAGGGCAUGGAGUGGCUCUGGAACCCGCAGAUCAUCGGCAUCUACAACCGGCUGCUGCAGCGCUGCGAGCUCAACAAGCACACGACGGAGGCUGCCUCGGGGGCCCUGCAGAACAUCACGGCCGGGGACCGCAGGUGGGCGGGUGUGCUGAGCCGGCUGGCCUUGGAGCAGGAGCGCAUCCUGAACCCCGUGCUGGACCGCGUCCGCACCGCCGACCACCUCCAGCUGCGCUCGCUGACGGGGCUCAUCCGCAACCUGUCCCGCCACGCGCGCAACAAGGAUGAGAUGUCGACCAAGGUGGUCAGCCACUUGAUAGAGAAGCUGCCGGGCAGCGUUGGGGACAAGUCGCCGCCGGCCGACGUCAUCGUCAACAUCAUCGCGGUGCUCAACAACCUGGUGGUGGAGAGCCCCAUGGCUGCCCGUGACAUCGUCUACUUCGACGGCCUCAGGAAGCUCUUCUACAUCAAGAAGAGAAGGGACAGCCCGGACAACGAGAAGUCCUCCAGAGCAGCGGCUAGCCUCCUGGGCAACAUGUGGCAGUACACCAAGCUCCACCGGGACUUCAAGAUGAAGGGGUACCGGAAGGAGGAUUUCCUCAGCCUGUAGGAACAAGCCCUGGGAGAGGAGGAGGAGGAGGAGGGACUGGACAGCCCUGACUCUCCCCACCACGACGGGCCUUGCUGGUGACUGUGGCCUGGGGAGGCCACUCGCUGCGGGACCCCAACGCUGUAGUCUAGUCCCCGCCGCUCCCCGCGUCCCUUGUGCUUCCCCCCCGCCCUGCGCCGGGCGUCCCUUCCCCGCGCGGGGCCCUGGGGAGCCGGCGCCGGGCUGGGCCGGCGCCGCACGAGCAGGAUGCGGGCAGGGCCGGGCGGCUCGUGUUUGCUGGGCGGUUCCUCCCCGCAGGGUGGGGAGAUGCCCUUGGUGGCCCUGCUCCGCGCAGGUGGGGCCGCGGGUCCAAAGCUCUCCUUCGCCGGCCCGGCUCGGUGGCAGGGUGGGGGCUGCGGGUUUGCUUUCGCCUGCCUGCGGGUUUGGGGCCCCUGCGCUUGGGGUGCAAGAGCUGUGCAGCGCUCCCGGGCUGGGAAACGGCGUAGAGUAGGCGACGGGGGGGCGGCGGGGACGUGGGACGUAGGGAGCGCGCGGCGGCGGGCCGGGCCCCGGCGCGGCUCGCGGCGCGUUUGUCUCCCCGGCUCCCGGUGCGCAGACUCCCCGAGCCCCGUGCAUUACCGAAAUAAAGGCCUCGAAUGCUG